AUCCAAUCCAAUCCAUUCUCCAAUUCUAAAAAAUAAAAAUAAAUAAAUAAAAUUUCAGUCCAGUCCAUUCUCUUCUUCACCAAUCUCCUCCAUUUUACACAGGCAGAAUCCAGAAAUUCGGUGAAUGGGGGUGGAGUACACCUGCUGCGAGGCGGAAUUCUUCAUUCACAUUGCCGUGAUCGUGCUUCUGGUGCUGUUCGCAGGGCUCAUGUCGGGGCUCACUCUCGGCCUCAUGUCCCUCAGCCUCGUCGAUCUCGAAGUCCUCGCCAAGUCUGGAACUCCAAGGGACCAGAUAUACGCCGCGAAGAUACUUCCGGUUGUGAAAAACCAGCACUUAUUGCUCUGCACUUUACUGAUUUGCAAUGCCGCAGCUAUGGAGACGCUUCCUAUUUUCCUCGACGGCAUCGUUUCGGCUUGGGUUGCGAUUCUUGUAUCCGUCACUCUGAUUCUUCUGUUUGGUGAGAUUAUACCACAAUCCGUUUGCACUAGGCAUGGGCUUGCUAUUGGAGCAACUGUUGCCCCAGCCGUUCAUGUUCUUGUUUGGAUUUGCUUUCCUCUUGCAUAUCCCAUAAGCAAGUUGUUGGACUUCUUGCUUGGUGAUGGCCAUAGAACUUUGUUUCGACGCGCUGAGCUGAAAACACUUGUUAAUUUUCAUGGCAAUGAGGCUGGUAAAGGUGGAGAGCUGACACAUGAUGAGACAACAAUUAUUGCUGGGGCGCUUGAACUCAGUGACAAAACUGCUAGUGAUGCCAUGACCCCGAUAUCGGACAUCUUUUCAAUCGACAUUAAUGCCAAGCUUGAUAGGACUAUGAUGAAUCUCAUCUUGGAGAAAGGGCAUAGCAGAGUGCCUGUCUAUUACGAGCAACCUACAAAUAUCAUCGGGCUUGUUCUGGUAAAAAACUUGUUAACCAUUCAUCCAGAAGAUACAGUACCAGUAAAAAGUGUCACAAUUCGCAGAAUUCCAAGGGUUGCAGAAACCUUGCCACUAUAUGACAUCUUGAAUGAAUUCCAGAAGGGUCACAGUCACAUGGCUGUAGUCGUAAAGCAGUAUACCAAUACAACCGACAAGCCUGCUAGCCAGGCGCCACUAGAUAAUCCAACCAAGGAUGUGAGGAUAGACGUGGACGGUGAAAAAACUGUGAAGACAAAGAGACCCCUACAGAAAUGGAAGAGUUUCCCAAACAAUGGAAACGAUUCUUUCAAAAACCCAUCUAGGGCCAAGAAAUGGACCAAAAACAUGUAUGCGGACAUUCUGCAAAUGGAUGGAAGUCCGCUGCCGAAGCUCCCCGAAGAAGAAGAGGCAGUAGGGAUUAUUACCAUGGAAGAUGUGAUAGAAGAGCUUCUGCAGGAAGAGAUAUUCGAUGAAACGGAUCACCAUGUCGAUGAGUCGUGACCAUAUAUACAUAGCGUAAUUAUAUGCGAGAGCUAGAUAUGCAACAUUGAUACUACGUUGAAAAUGUUGUUGUGACUUUUUUCGUAUGGAGUAUUAGUUUUGGUUGAAUAUAUGUAAGAAAUUGAAAGAAUUAUUCAUUGAUUAAUGAAAUUCGAUUGAAAAAAUCAA